UGAAGCUGUUGCCAUGUCGAUAUCCUCUCUAGAAGUGUUCUCUACGGAACCUUUCCUCAUUGGAAUGUUCACAGCAGAAGGUUCCUCCUCUGGACAUUACACAGAACCCCACUCGGAGGAAUACCUCAUCGCCGUGGGCAACAACAAUGUCACAUGGCCAGUCUGCACUUAUAAGGAGGAUUUUAAACGCUUCCUACUUCCUGCCGUCUACAGUGUGGUUUUCCUGAUUGGUCUGCCUCUGAAUGGGGCAGUCAUCUUGAAGAUCUGGAGGUCACGACCCAACUUGACCCGGAGCAACGUCUACAUGCUCAAUCUGGCCACGGCUGACUUCCUGUAUGUGAUGUCACUACCUCUGCUCAUCUACAACUACGCCAGUCAUGACUACUGGCCCUUUGGAGAGCUGGCCUGCAAACUGGUCCGCUUUCAAUUCUACAGUAACCUGCAUGGCAGUAUCCUGUUCCUGACCUGUAUCAGCCUCCAGCGCUAUGUGGGCAUCUGCCAGCCUAUGGCCGGCUGGCACAAGCAGGGGGGUCGCAGGCUGGCACGGGUGGUCUGUGGGGGUGUGUGGCUGGUGGUCGCCCUCCUCUGUGCCCCCACUUUCCACUACGCCUCCACAGGAACACAGCGUAACCGCACCGUCUGUUACGACCUGAGUCGACCGGAGCACUCGGCUGACUACUACCCCUAUGGGAUGGCUCUGACCUGCCUGGGCUUCCUGUUGCCUUUUAUGGGCAUCGUGGUGUGCUACUGUCGCAUGGGUCGCCUCCUCUGCCGCCCGCCAUCCUAUCAGGGCGCUACCAUGGCAGCCUCAAUGGAGAAACGGGACAAGGCGGUGAAGAUGAUAGUCAUCGUGGUGACGGUGUUCGCUGUGAGCUUCCUGCCGUUCCACCUUACUAAGACCAUGUACCUGUUGGUACGAACCUUACCGGGUGCUCCGUGUGCUACACGGAACCUGUUCUCCGUGAUCUACAAGUGCACCAGGCCGUUCGCCAGCAUGAACAGUGUUCUAGAUCCUAUACUGUUCUACUUCACACAGCCACGGUUCCGCAGGAGCACCAGAAUACUGAUUACCAAGAUCACCACUCUCAGAGACAGGGAACCCAGGUGUGAGGAAUUGAAAACACAUAGAGUAUUUAGAUCCCAUGUUUAAUCAAGGGUCAACUCGCUUUGAGACAAAGGAACCAAGGAGUAUAUAAAACAACCAUAGUCCACAGUUGUAUUACACCUAGAUACAUGGGUUCUGGGUAGCUAGAACCGAUGCAGAACCCUCAUUGACUUCUGCUCUGCCAGCAUGGCAACAAGUCAGUGUGUUUGCUACUGUGUCUGCUUGUGACUGUAUACUAAAAUGCAUGAAGUAGUCAGCCAUAACACUGCUUUUGGUUGCCAUAGUAUUAUGUAAUGUAUCCUGUAUGUCCAAGCACACUGCUAGUUGUUUUCUAUAUGAGCCACUAGGUGGCGUGUAUUACCUACAUAUCCCAUGGCCUUAUUUAUUGUUAUUUAACCUUUAUUUAACUAGGCAAGUCAGUUAUGAACAAAUUCCUAUUUACAAGCCUAUCAAAAGGCAAAGCGCGGAAAUCGACUCAGCCGCACGAGCGUGCUUUUGGGGCACAGUCGAUAGCGCGCUGGACUUCGGGCUAGAAGGUCGAGGGUUAGAGACCUGCUCCCUGCUGUUUCAUUACAAUAGCAUAGCAGCAACACAUGACAACACAGCAUAGUAGCAAAUUAUCCAUUAGCGGGAUAAUCCACCCCAAACCACUAAUUCCUGAUAAUAACAGUGUUAAAUAACACAAAUAUGUUAAAACAAUAUUUGUGAACACGUUUCAUUUUGUCGUUAUAACAAGGUUGGUAGCAACGUUUGAAAAUCGUUGUGGAAAUCUGUUGCAGCUCAAGUUAACUAACGUUAGAAAACCCACAAUGCGAUGCGCUCUUUCUGGGCUGGCUAUCUGUAAAACGUAACUACACACAAUAGCCAAAUCAAUAUCAGCAUGCAAAAUAGCUAGCUAGCUUUAAAAAUCACCUAAACAAACUGCAUUAUCAAUUUAGGAGGCUCUCUCACCAAGCGAGAGCAGAGGAUGUUGCUAUGGCAAUGUAUACUUUUUCCCACGUUUCCCACAGACACAGUAUUGCCAUAUGAUACUUGAAGGAGAAAACACACUAUAUACAGUGACGAUACAGUACAGUACAGCAAUUACCUGAACAUAUUGGAAUCAUUGCUCCUUAACUCUGUUUGAAUUCCUUUCAAAAGGCACGAGGUACAGCUGCCAUCAGACAGAUGGCAUUAUUGGCAAUCACUAUAUUCACCAGGGCAGUCUCCUGCUCAGCUGUGAGAAGUCUCUGCCUACCUCCAAUAGAUGGCCCCCUCUCAGUUCUGCAGAAAUUGAUUUUGACCAUUACUGACCUAUGGGCAUCCACUACAACAUUACAUGUAUCACAGAAACAAGACAAAUGACCUGUUUUCCCUUCUGAAAGUACGGACAAUGGAUGCAACCGUGUAACGGCUUUGGUUGGGUUGCACCAGCUGUCCAGCUUCUCUCAUAGACCUCCCAUGUAUGAGCACAUGAUGAACUAGGGUGGCACGGGUUUCACCUGAGAUUACUUGUCUUUGUUGUUGUCCUCGUCCUCUCUUUUGUCUUGCAACUUUGGCAUUGUUAGGAUCCAAGCACAUGGACAUGCCUCUAGGCCCUAUUUAUUGAUCCGUCAAUUCUGAUUGGUGUGUUAACAGUUUUGAGGCUUAGUGUUUGCACAUGGAGAAAGGUAUGCUCUUUGAGUUUAGGUUGUGAUGACUUGAGUUAACUAUAUUGAGAGCAUGUGUUUGCUGAAUGAAUAUAUAGUGCAAUGAAUGAUUUAUUUGGCCACUUUUGUGAAGGUUUUUCAGAAAGAGUUUUGAAUAUUGAAACGUGGAAACAGGUGAAUAGUGUUUACGGUUAUGGGAAAUGUGUGUUUUUGGGAAUGACCUAAGGUUAUGGGUUUUUGUGCUACAGGUACCAGUUUUUGUGUUUAAGCAAUCGAGAAAAACUGUAAAUUGACUUGUGUCUGUUUUGGCUGUGGUGUUUUGGCUGUGGUGUUUUGGCUGUGGUGUUUUGGCUGUGAUGUUUUGGCUGUGGUGUUUUGGCUGUGGUGUUUUGGCUGUGGUGUUUUGGCUGUGGUGUUUUGGCUGUGGUGUUUUGGCUGUGGUGUUUUGGCUGUGGUGUUUUGACUGUGGUGUUUUGACUGUGGUGUUUUGGCUGUGGGGUUUUGGCUGUGGGGUUUUGGCUGUGAUGUUUUGGCUGUGAUGUUUUGGCUGUGAUGUGAAUAUUAUUAUUUUGCCAUUACAAAAUAAGGUAUAGUUGUAUUUUUUUGGUUUGUUUG